AAGAUGCUGCGCUGGACCCUGGCCGGCGCCCUGCUGCUGUGCGCGGCGCAGGCCAUAGACUUCCGGCACCACCUCUACGAGGACCUGGUGCGGGCGCUGUUCAACGUGCAGAACGAGUGCCCGUACAUCACCCGCAUCUACAGCAUCGGGCGCAGCGCCGAGGGCAGGCACCUCUACGUCCUGGAGUUCAGCGACAACCCCGGCAUCCACGAGCCGCUGGAGCCGGAGUUCAAGUACGUGGGGAACAUGCAUGGCAACGAGGUCCUGGGCCGGGAGCUGCUGAUCCAGUUCUCCCAGUUCCUGUGCGAGGAGUACCGGGCUGGCAGCCAGCGCAUCACCCAGCUGAUCCACGACACCCGAAUUCAUAUCCUGCCCUCCAUGAACCCCGACGGCUACGAGGUGGCCGCCAGACAGGGUCCAGAGUUCAACGGUUACCUGACUGGCAGGGGCAACUCCAGAGAAGUGGACUUAAACAGGAACUUCCCAGACCUGAACGCCCUCAUGUACUACUAUGAGAAAACUGACGGCGCCAACCACCACCUACCACUGCCGGACAACUGGGAGGAGCAGGUUGAACCCGAAACCCUUGCAGUGAUCAAGUGGAUGCAGAACUACAACUUUGUCUUGUCAGCCAACCUGCACGGUGGGGCAGUCGUGGCUAAUUACCCCUUCGAUAAAUCCCGGGACCCCCGAAUGAGGGGCAAGACCACUUAUUCUGCCGCGCCAGAUGACAAGAUCUUCAAAAAGUUGGCGAAAACCUACUCAUAUGCUCACAGCUGGAUGCACAAAGGUUGGAACUGUGGGGACUACUUUGAUGAGGGAAUCACUAAUGGAGCCAGCUGGUACUCUCUUUCCAAAGGAAUGCAGGACUUUAACUACCUCUACACCAACUGCUUCGAGAUCACCCUGGAGCUCAGCUGCAACAAGUUCCCCCCGGCUUCCGCCCUGCAGAAGGAGUGGAUAGGCAACAGAGAGGCCCUUGUGUCUUAUCUAGAACAGGUUCACCACGGCAUCAAAGGCAUGGUCUACGAUGACAACAACAACCCCAUCAGCAAUGCGGAAAUCUCUGUGUCAGGAAUACACCAUGACAUCACAAGUGGUGUGGAUGGAGACUAUUUCCGGUUACUUUUACCCGGCACAUACACCGUAACCGCAUCCAGGCAGGGUUACCUGCCCUCCACAAGUACGGUAACGGUCGGACCAGCAGAGGCCAUACUGUUACACUUUUACUUGAAACCUGCCCCAAAGGAUGCAAAUCUCAACAGAAACCUUCACAACAAGAAAGACCACCACUCAGGACGGACUCCGCUGCGAAACCUGGGGCCAAGAUGAAUGCAAUGUUUGCAGCGAGCGUGGCGCAUCUCUUUAUAAUGCAGACUAUGCAAACAUUUUUAUCGCACCUCAAAUGUUUAUAUAUGCAAUAACGUGGGCUUUUUUCUGAUUGAAUUGCUUAUGUUGUUGAGUCUAUAUUUAUAACUAGACAUAAUUUUUAUGUAUUGUAUAAUUUUGUGACAUACAUCGAAGAACAAUUGUAAACUGCUGAAAAAUAUAAUACAUCUGUUAAUUAAACGUGUCAAGACAAAGAUGUAAAAUGAA